GAGAUAUUUCAGCAUAUUAACUACAUUUGUAUUUUUAACACUUUCUUGUGAAUACUCCUUAUUUUAAUUUUUUGCAAGCAUAGCGUGGAGAAACUUUUAUAUUUUAAACACAGUAGCCGCAAUAUUAAAUAUAUAUUAUGUUGGGCGUCGGCGGGUGCAGCAUAUUGCUGUUUGCCCUUGGGCUGGCCUCAUUGGCUAGUGGCGGCCUUCAGUUGGCAAGCUACAUAAUGGCAACCCGAGAAGUGGAGCUGGCGACACUGGGCGACGCGCAGCAACAGUCAGCAGCAAUAGCGCUUAUCAAUCCGCCAGUGCUGGUAUGGUUUACAUUAGCAGCCUGCGUGCUGUCUUUGAGCUUUGGUCUGUUCUUCGCAAUGCUUGAUUUGGUCGGAAUGAUAGUUCUGCGCAGCCGAAUGUGGCGACACAUUACUAAUAUUAACAACGGCUUGGACGGCCUGAGGCCCAGAGACAAGGGCAGCAUGUGGGACUCUUACGGAAAUGGCAGCAGUGGCAGAGGAGAUUGGUGGCCUGUGCAGUCCGGUAAGGCGUGCACGUACGGCAUGGGGUCUGGGAGUGACUCAAUCGUGUGGUGGCAGAAAUGUAUGUUUCUUGAGGAGUUCGUGUACAGCGUUCAGCGCAACAUGGCCUUUAUCCGUCUGGGCAUCACAACCUUUCUAGCACUGGUAUGGUCAUCAACCAUCAUCCAGCUGGUAAUCAUAGGCAUGCGCGUCUGCACGCUGCUUCGCCAGGGUAUGGCCGGAAGCAUAGUGACCUGUGCGUGCUGGCUGCUAUUCGCCGUGCUGCUUACAUUUUUAAACACAAGCCCUCAUAGCUCGAUACCUCGGCUGCCACUAGACCACCAGUUUGACAGCAUUCCGAUGAAUGCUUUGAACCAGGGGCAAGGACCAGCCAUCCCGGCGGCUCUCUCGUCAGGAAGCAAGCAUAGGCCCUCGCUAGCAACAAUCCCGACAACAAGCGCAUCCGGCGCCCCUCACCAACCAAUCCAAAUGCAGCCGCUGGCAAAUCAGCCAAGCAGCACCGCAAGCCAGUACAGAAAGCCAGGCAAGGGCCAGUUCCGCUCGUCAUGGUCGCGGCUCGAUGAAGGGGCGCAAGACAGGGGCAAUUUGAUGUUGCAGUCUCAAAUGAUACACCAGCUUUACCAUCUGCAGAGCCAGCAGUUUCAAGCGCAGGUGCGGCUGUCGGAGGAACAUGUGGGGCAGAAAACAGCGCGAACUGGGGCGCGCAAGAGCACAGACGCGUCUGCGUCAACUGUGCCAGAUCAGAUGGAGACCGCCGAGAUGGCCCACGAUAACCGCGAUGGAAAUUUACAAAGUACUGUCGCCAAGAUCAGCAGCAAGCGCAACACAAUGGCUGACAACAGCGAGAAAUGCCAAUGGGCCGUGGCAC